UUGGACAUUGCUCUCUAGCAGUUGUUUGGAUUCUAGAACCCUCACUCUCAAGCCAGCUCCAGCUCCUCACUCCUUACAGGUGGUCAGGCAGUCCUUCAACUACAGAGCGCACUGGGUGAAUCCCAACCUGGAGCCUCAGUUUCCCUAUCUGUAAACCGGGCUGAGAAACCGCGUCAGUGACAAGGACUGCGCUUGACUGGACAAGUAAACUGCUUGGCACUAAACACAGGGCUCCGGGACGCACCCCUGCAACCCAGGCUGGCGGCCAGCGGCCAGUCCGGGGAUCGGCGGAGAGCCGCGAACCCGGCAACCCCCGCGCUCUCUCCCCGAGGUUCCCCGCGCUGAGAGGCGUGGCCGCCCCUCAAACCCACAGCGGCGGCCAUGGCCUCGGUGGUGGAAUACAAGGGCCUGAAGGCCGGCUACUACUGCGGCUACUGCGAGUCCAGGGAGGGCAAGACGUCGUGUGGCAUGUGGGCACAUUCCAUGACAGUGCAGGAUUAUCAGGAUCUUAUAGACCGAGGAUGGAGAAGAAGUGGAAAAUAUGUGUACAAACCUGUCAUGGAUCAAACAUGCUGUCCUCAGUAUACAAUAAGGUGUCAUCCUUUACAGUUUCAACCAUCAAAAUCUCACAAGAAAGUUUUGAAAAAAAUGCUGAAAUUUCUGGCUAAAGGAGAGAUCUCGAAAGGCAGUUGUGAGGAUGAGCCCAUGGAUUCUACAAUGGAGGAUGCUGUUGAUGGUGACUUUGCAUUAAUGAACAAGUUGGAUAUAAAGUGUGAUCUUAAAACACUCAGUAGUGACCUCAAAGGAAGCAUCGAGAGUGAAGAGAAGGAGAAAGAAAAGAGUAUAAAGAAAGAAGGGUCUAAAGAAUUAAUUCAUCCACAAUCUAUAGAGGAGAAGUUGGGCUCUGGUGAACCAUCACAUUCAAUCAAAGUUCAUAUUGGUCCUAAGCCAGGUAAAGGGGCUGAUUUGAGUAAGCCUCCUUGUCGAAAAGCAAAGGAAAUGAGGAAAGAAAGGAAAAGGUUAAAACUGAUGCAGCAGAACUCAGCUGGAGCCUUUGAGGCUCAAGGUCAGCCUGUUUGUUUGUUACCAAAGGCUAAAUCCAACCAGCCCAAGUCACUGGAAGAUUUGAUUUUUGAAUCUUUGCCAGAAAAUGCAUCGCACAAGUUAGAGGUGAGGCUAGUACCUGCCUCCUUUGAGGACCCAGAAUUCAACUCAUCCUUCAACCAGUCCCUUUCUUUAUAUACCAAGUAUCAAGUGGCUAUACACCAGGAAGCACCUGUUUUAUGUGAAAAGUCUGAGUUUACAAGAUUCCUUUGCAACUCACCAUUGGAGGCAGAGCACCCUGCUAAUGGACCAGAAUGUGGUUAUGGCUCUUUUCACCAGCAGUACUGGCUUGAUGGGAAGAUCAUUGCUGUGGGGGUGAUAGACAUCCUCCCAUACUGUGUGUCUUCUGUGUAUCUCUACUACGAUCCUGAUUAUUCAUUUCUGUCUUUGGGUGUCUAUUCAGCAUUAAGAGAAAUUGCUUUUACUAGACAACUGCAUGAGAAAACAUCGCAACUCAGCUAUUAUUAUAUGGGUUUCUACAUUCAUUCCUGUCCCAAGAUGAGAUACAAGGGUCAGUAUAGACCUUCUGAUCUGCUGUGUCCUGAGACGUAUGUCUGGGUACCCAUUGAGCAGUGCCUGCCUUGUCUGGACAACUCCAAGUACUGCCGUUUCAACCAGGACCCAGAAGCAGAGGAUGAAGGACGCAGUAAGGAACUUGACCGACUACGGGUGUUUCACAGACGAUCUGCCAUGCCUUAUGGUGUUUAUAAGAACCACCAAGAAGACCCAAGUGAGGAGGCUGCUGUGCUGGAGUAUGCAAACCUUGUUGGACAGAAGUGCUCGGAGAGGAUGCUGCUGUUCAGACACUGAAGGCCUGCACCUCAGCCCAGCACCAGCCUGGCUUCUCUUGCCACAGUCCCACCUGCGUCUCGGCUCCUGCAGCCAUUCACCAAGUACAUUCGUAGAGCUUUUUAAAAAUAUUUUGUGGAAUUGUAUUUAUGAGAAUCUUGUGGUUAAUAUAAAGAUUUUAAAAUAUUCUAUGAUCUAGUCCUUUCAUUGAGACUUGGCCUUUGGAGUUUGCUUCUGGAGCCAAGUGUGCUUAAUGUCUCCAGUAAAUAAAUAUUCAAGGAAGGAAAAUGAAGAACUGAAUCUAAGUAAUUUUGUCACAGUUACUGUUUUGUCCUGGAGAAAUUCUGACACAGAGACUAUUCUUUUAGACCAGUGGUUCUUAACCUGUGGGAUCACCAUACCCACAGGGGCCGAAUGUUAGAUAACCUGUGUAUAAGAUCAUUAUAAUUCAUAAUUGUAGCAAAAUUACAGUUAUGAAGUAGCAACAAAAUAAUUUUAUGGUUGGGGUGGGGUCACCACAACGUGAGGAAAUGUAUUAAAGGAUGGCAGUAUUAGGAAGGUAGAGAACCACUGGCUAAGACCCUUGCAAGACGUUAGCUUAUGCUGGGAAAUUCAGAUGGGGUUAAAGGUGAAGAGCACAUUCCAUCCCCAGGAAAUGUGCCUUUCCCACAAACCAAAACUCUGUUACUCUGUUUGAUAUUCAAUCUGCCAGUGUCGUAGUGUAUAAUAGAUAACAGGAAACAUAAACAUUGCAAACAUCAGGUGUUCACUUUGGGUGUCUGUCCAGGAUUGUCCUGCCUGUGUCUGUUGUCUUGGCAUAAUUGUUUUUCUGUCACUAGUGUUCCCUUAUGCCCCAGAGUUAUCUCAGUUUGGAUGAUAAAAUAUACAGUGAUCUUAGUGGUGUUUGUUCUAUUUCUACAAAUAUAAGAAACAACUUUUUAAAGAGAUGUUGUAAUUCCUGCUUGAUCUGAGGCUUAUCCAAAGAAAAUAGGUUCCUACUUUCCAUUCUCUGGAACUCAGAUGCUUUUUUGUGGUUAGUGAUAGAAGUGGUUAUUAACUAGUCCUGUAGCUAUGCACAAGCCGUAGUGGAGUUGGUGGGGUCUAUAGCCUCUGCAUUCCUCAUCUGAUUGUGGGUCAGAGAGUAGGCACUGCCAUGGUACUUCAGAAUGGAGACCAGCCAUUCACUUUGAUUCUUGUGCUAUUGGGCCUUCUGCUUGUUCACCAAAUGCCUGCUGUCAAGGAGGCAGGCAGCCAGCUAGUUAAUGAGGCACAUCAGACAAGCGAGGAGAGGCUUCCCUCCAGUGCACUGGAAGCUGGGUGCACAGGUUAGCUCUUUGUUUGAACUCGUUCUCAGCUGAACCCUUCUGUGCUUCCUGCCUGGCCUUGGACCUGCUGAGAGCACCCUAUCCUACAGUGAGGGUAGUGUUACUUUAUUUCUUUUUAUAAAAAUUACUCCAAUAGUAAGCAACUGAAACACUAAGAAAUUAAAAGUCAUUUGAAAUCCCCCCAGGCAUAGAGAAAGGAGCAUUAUGGAAACCCACAAAUCUCUCGUCCACCCCAAAUAAAAUUGUGCAAUCCUUGCUAUGUAGUUGCCCUCAGUGAAUGUAUGUGAGAUUGAAGAUUGCAGAAAAUGUGAUAGGUAAUCUCAGAAUUAUUGAGUAGAAUGGGAUCAACAUAUAUGACCUUGGCAUUGGGUAGCCAGGCAUACUGCAUCCCCCUUUUCCUGGUAGGUGGUGCCAUGCUACCAGAGGUUUUGGGGGGGGGGCGGGAUGCGGGGUCAGCCCAAUAUCUUACCCAAGCUCUGAGUUCCUCCUGCAGAGAAUAGAGGAAAAUGGCUCACUGUCUCUGCUUCUAUACUGAUGAGCCUACCCUAGGGUGGCCUAGUGAGGCUUCAGAGUGACUUGGGCAUGAAAACUCUCUCUUCAGCUCAGUUGCUAUGUUCUCAUUCUGCCCUCCUCCCUCCCUCUAUCCUCUCCCCAAUAUAUUCUUUUCAACUAGUAUGAAGUCUUAGGGGUCUAGAUGUUGUCAAAGGUGUGUCCUUGGGUGGGACUGAGGAAAUAGCCCAGUUAGUACAGUGCCUGAGUUCAGCUCUCUAGAGCCCAUGUAAAUUGUUGGGUCUGGUAGUAUGUGUUUGAAUGCAGGCACUGGGGAUUCAGUAGAGGAGUGCCUUCUUGGGCCCACUGGCCACUGGCCUAGCCACUGGGCAUCGAGCCACUGAGAGACUCUGUCUAAAAGGAGGUGGACAGCAUUUAUGAGGACAUUAGGAGCUUGCUAAUAAUAUUUUGAGCUCUUGAGUGAGUAUCCAUCACAGCUAGGGUAGAACAGUCAAGAAAGUAUCCCAACUUGGCAGUUUUGUAAAGUGUAGCUGAGGUAUCUGAUUCUGUCAGUGAUUUUCAUCUAAAUAAAGAUGCGUGAAAGCCUUUCAGGGACAGCAUCUGUCUUCUCCAGGCAGGAAGGUCUGUGUGUUCCAUCUCCUUCUUAGUGUCCCCUUCUGAGUUCAGGUAGAGUCACACCUUCCUCCAUGCCUACAGCACAGGGGUCAUUUUGAUUCUCAGUGUACCAUCUUUAUUUAAAUUAUUUUUAGUUCUCUGAGACUUUUGUUACUUUUAUUACAGGUAAUCUGAGCACUUUUAUAUUCUAAGAUAGAAACUAUAUUAUCAGAUGAAUAUAAUCACUCAAAAUUAUUUAGAUAAAAUUAUUGUUUAUGUUUUCUUUCAAGCAAUCUAUCCUAUUUUUAUCCAUUUGCAAAUGCCAGUUUUGUGUGGUUUCUUAACAUAUCAAAAUUAUUAUGUAGAAGAAUGUUCCUAGCUUUCUGAGUGUAUAAAUAUUGUAUUAUUUCAGUGUGAAUAAAGGUGAGAGAGAAUAAAAACAUUUAACCAAAGUGAUUCUACUGUGGCUGACUUAAAAGAACAGAAGGAAGUGAGUGGGGAUUUGACAUGUUUGAAUUACGAGUUAUUCAGUGUGUGUUCCUCUCCUAAGGCAACCACCGGCUAGAAGUCAAAGUAAGUCUGACUGCAUUGGAGAUUUUUGUUCUUGUAAAAAAGCCCAAAAUAAAAACAUAAUAAUAAUAA